AUUUAGACGGUUGUAUGUAGGUAAGUUCAACGUGAUAUACUGGAAUUUUGAACAACUGAGAAAAAUGUCGAUUCUCUCUUUUAGUUUAUCAUUGGGGAUUUUUGUAUUGGCUACUACACAUGACGACACAUGUUAUGAUAAAUUUGAGUAUGUUUUUAAAGUGAUGCAUAGAUUGUCUAAAGUUGAAAAGAAGCUGGAAUCAAAUCGUCAGGGUGACACGUUUACAAGAUGGGGAAAAUCUACUUGUCCAAAUGGAACAGUCUUGAUUUACGACGGUUUCGCUGGGGGAUCAGACCAUCUCAGUAUUGGUGGUGCUGCAAAUCACAUUUGCCUCCAUAAUCAUCCAACAUGGAACGAUCAAACUAAAUAUAAAUCAAGGACAAAUUUAAUUUACGGAGCCGAAUAUCAAACACACGAUACUAACUGGCGAGCCUUGCAUGACUAUGAGGUCCCAUUUCCUAACGAGUCGAAAUAUUCGUAA